ACCUUCCUCGAGUCAUAAUAAUGGAAUGGUUCAAAAUCACCCAACCUGCAUCAUGGACCCCUUCACAGCCAUCGGUCUAGCUGACAACAUUAUCAAUUUCAUUUGAUUUGCCUGCAAAAUAGUUUAUGGCGGCUACCAGAUAUUCAAUUCAGCCAGUGGAAUGACCCCCGAUAAUAUGACACUGAGCGUACUCCUGGAUGACCUGAAUGCCGUAACAAAAGGCCUACUGGUUGACUUACCUGGCCCUGAUCGAACCGGGAACGAAGAGGAACUUUGCUACUUGGCUUCUGCUUGUCGUGAGCUAUCUAUGGAGCUCGCUGAGAUUCUCGGCCUGCUGAAGGUGGCCGGCAGGAGGUCAAGGUGGCAGGGUAUGAGGGUGAAAUGGCGGAGUAUACGGAAAGAAAGUAAUAUUGAGGCCAUAGAGCGGAGGUUGAGCGAAUUUCAGUCGCAGAUCUUGAUUCGUCUGCAUCUCAUGAUUAGCGCAGAAAGCAACCAGCAGCAUUCUGCGGUAAGGGCAAAGCUUGACAAAGUCGAAGGCGAAGCAAGGCAGCUACAGAACGAGACGGCAAAUCAGCUUCACGUUAUUCGAGACGAGAUAACAACGACAAUAAAAGCGUUUCAAUUGCAAUCGAGGCCUGUAUCAAGCUCCACGGAGAAUCUUGACAACUCACCGAGCUUGUCUAAUGGAUCCUUGGGCAAAAUUGGCAUCUUGUUGGUAAAGCUUCAAAAUGUCACAACUUCUAUCUAUAGUGAAAACCACAUCCUUCAGCGUCUAAUGUUUUCGCUCAUGUAUCAACGGGAAGAUAGUAUAAGCGAUGUGACGAUUGGAACCUUUGCAUGGAUGGUCGAUGAAAAUGAUAAUAAAACGGGGAGCCAGCAAAAAGACAUAUUAGAAGACGAUGAAGAGACCGUGCGACAAAGAACUAGACAAGCAUUUAUGACAUGGCUCAACUCAGGCAGUCAUGUCUUUCACAUCUCUGGAAAAGCUGGCGCCGGCAAAUCAACAUUGAUGGAAUUCCUGGGCCAAUCCUCGCGAGUUCAACAAGAGCUGCAAUGCUGGACCGGAGAUAAGCAACUGAUCUUCGCACAGUUUUAUUUCUGGGAUUCGGAAGACAAAUUCCAAAUGACUUUCGAGGGCUUGUACAGACACCUUCUGUUCGAGGUCUUGAGACAGUGUCCUAGAUUGAUACCGUGGUGCUUUCCUGGAUUUUGGAACAAUUUGGCAUCUGGAACUACGCCUUCAUAUCAAGCCCCGUUUCGUUUCGAGGAAAUAAAAGCCGCGUUCAAUUGCCUAAUGAGUGAGAAAGUCACAUCAAGCCACCGUAUCUGCCUCUUCAUCGACGGACUCGACGAAUACGAAGGUGACGAAGUAGACCACUGGCACAUAUGCCACGAUCUCCAAUCCUGGACAAACUCAGAGAACGUGGAGCUCUGCAUCAGCAGUCGCCCACAUAUUCCUUUCCUCCAUUCCUUCGCAACAGACAUGAAUAUUCAAAUCCAAAUCCACCAGCUCACUCAACGCGAUAUUCGGAAGCUCGGUUUGGCAAUGUUCGAAAUGGACCCUAACUUUGAACGAAUCAAACAUGCUUACAGAUAUUUGGUGGAUGAGAUUGAGAAACUCUUCAAGGGCGUGUUUCUGUGGGCUCGUUUAGUAGUGCGCUCACUUUUAAAAGGUAUAGGCUAUCGAGUUACCCUCGAGUAUCUCACCAAAAAGCUACACACAAUUUCCAAGGAACUAAACAAGCUGUUUGGCAAGAUGCUAGACUCUGUGGACCUUGAGGACCGAGUUCUAUCAGACAAAUUAUUCCUCGUCGUAGCCCUAGCCCAGCAGUCUGCUCCGAAAGCCCCGCCGCUCAGGAAUGCUCUGCUUUACCGAUGGCUGGAAGACCUGGACGACCCAAGAUUCCCUCUAAAUCGAUCUAUGCGUGCAUACUCAGAUUCCGAAAUCGAGGAAUGCAUCCAAGAUGUAAACUGCCUUAUAGACCGUCUAUCACGAGGUCUAUUAGAAGUUGUACAACAGCCACACCAACAGGAUAAAUACUUCGCCUUCGAAAUACGGUUUAUCCACCGCACAGCAUAUUACUACAUCCUCAACACCCAGCAACCACAAAUGCAAAAGCGCACAAUCGACUUUGACAUAAAAUUCGCAACAAUCAGACUCUUACUCACUCAGCUCAAGCAUGCGCGUGCAAGACCCGCGGAUCUGGUGCCAUCACCAGGGGUACUAUGCGAGUCAAGGACGUUGAUGUAUCAGUAUGAAUCUACCUUUGAUUGGAUGUCCGCUAUCAGCAGAGCCGGAUACGCUAUUCCUUCACAAUACUUGGAAGAAUUCGGUAAUGUGCGUGACGAUUAUACUUACAUCCAACAUCCAGAAUCUCAGGGUGUCCGAUGGGGCACCAAAAUGGUCACCAUUUACUUCGUCAAUCUCGCACGGUCUGGUCGUCUGCUAUCCUACCUAUGUUGGCUUCUACAAUACGGCCUUGAACAUCAUCUUCUUCCAAGUACGUUAGGCAACUUGAAAUUAAAAGCAGAAUCUCAGCAUACCAACAACAACAACAACAACAACAACAACAUAGGAGACGCCAACUUACUUCUAACCGCUGCCAUCUGCUACCGCACUGACUUUGUGAGACGUCUCAUACGCAAGGGCCGCACGCCUGCCGAGAACAUGGACGUUUAUCUAAGUGAUUUCCGCAGGAGUGGUCCGCCGAGAGUGCAUAGGACAACCGUGUGGAUUGUUUUUCUGUGGUAUCUCGUUGAUACAUUACUGAAUUCAAUAGACGACGCGAAGCUUCCAUGCUUGGUUCUUGAAGACUUUUUGGAUUGCAGGGGCUUAUGUUGUGAUGUUUUGUUUGUGAUACGCUCUCGUCAGGUUGAGAGGAAGGCCAAGGGAGAGAGUUCUCUCAUAGACAAUCCUCCUAAGACAUACUCUAUUUCUCUUCUGGAAGCAGUGGAACUACGAACCCCACCAAAUGUUGAAACCCUCAGAACGAAGCUCCGAGAGAAGAAUCCAUGGUGGUGUCGGAAUCAACUAGGGGCAAAGCUGACGCCAUGGUCUGGGGUUCGAAGUGGGCGAGAAUACUUUAAUUUGAAGCACAGAGGGCUCCCUACAAAAGAUGUCCAUUCAAAGUCGGAUCUUUACUUAGAUAGUAUCAUUACGAAGACUAAUCGACUAGAUGCACCUUUUGUUUUACACUUUCAUAAACUUUACUGAUUUACUAAUAUGAUGGUUAGCAAGCGGCCGUUUUAGGAGCCCUGCUAACCAAUUCCCGUCUUGGCUUUCCCUCCAC